AUGGCUCUCUUGCACUCAUCCGUGAUCGCUUUGCUUGUGGUGGGUCUGCUAUGCUGUCAGAUAGGCGCUUUCAGGGUUCCAAUCAGUGAUACAGAUUCGCUACGGGAGGUAUGCUCGGGGAUGUAUGGAGGAAAAGAGGCAUAUAUCCAAGUCACCUUUGACCCCACUUCAUCAGGUCAAGUCGCAUUGAUAGUGUACGAGUGGAAAGAUGUCCCUUACCUUGGUAUAGAAACACCAGAAAGUACAGGAGGUGGUGAGGAACGUCCUAAAACAUACAUCUGUACAACAUCGGCCAUUCGUUCGGGCCUAUGUCUACCCUCUGAGCUAGGUGGUUUCAUCACGUCCCUUCCUGAGGGUACUAGUCAGGACUCAACGUCCAUCUUCACUACUCCUCUCAAAUUCUCAUCAUCGUCUUUCCCAUCACCGACCACUGAUGAAGACGAAGAUGACAUCAGCGAUGAGUUUCCUACAACCACUUCUUCAACCCACGCUAUUGCUUCGUCAACUGCCAUCGUGGGUGCUGAUGAGAAGGAGUCGGAGGCAGAAGCUGAAGCUGAAGAAGAAGCCGAGGAGCUGGCAGAGGCAAUUGGCGACGGGUGGAGACGACAAUUAGGAGAUGAGAUUCUGGAUGGAGUAGCUGGUUCGGUCGGUGCUUCAAGUGAUGAUGAUCUGGGUGCAGGAGAUGGGACCGGAUUCGAGGAAACUCCAACUACGGGCAGCUCAGGCUCAUCAGGCUCAGCUUCGGUGCCAGUCUACUCGGCGCCAAUCACAUACAGCGUACCUAAAACAGGAUACUAUUGCGUUGGUAUUGUACCUGUCACAUUGGUCAACGCUCGUUCGGAUAUUCCAAUCGAAUUUCGUCAAACACCCAGUCACGCCGAAUACUCGGGACUGGUACUGUUCAAAAACACGUUUGAGGGGGAACUGCCAGCUGUGGAAUACCCUAAGAUUGACUUUUAUAUGGCAUUGAGUUUGGUCUACUUCGUCCUCGGAUGUGGAUGGGCAUAUCUCUGUGUACAACAUUUGAGAGAGUUACUUCCUAUGCAGUAUUACAUAUCCGGCACUAUCGUCUUCCUGAUUAUUGAAAUGCUCGCUCAAUUCGCUUACUAUCGAUAUAUCAAUAAACACGGAGGCGGCACCACAUCCAUUGUGUUCUUAUUUGUGAUUUCCAUCUUUAAUGCCGCUAGGAACUCCUUGAGCUUCUUCUUGCUGCUCAUCGUUAGUAUGGGAUUAUCGGUGGUCACCCAAAGUUUAGGUUCAGUCAUGACUAGAGUCAGAAUUUUGACAGCUCUUCAUUUUAUCUUUGGUGUCAUGUACUCUGUUGGUACGGUCGAAGUCGAGCUUGAUAGCGCAUCCCUGAUCACUGUCAUGCUCCUCAUCUUCCCUCUUGCUCUCACACUUACCGCAUUCUUAAUGUGGAUCAUCGUUUCACUCAACGGUACAAUCAUGCAUCUUCAAGCGAGAAAACAGAGAUACAAGCUCCAAAUGUUCCAAAGAUUAUGGAGAAUCCUCAUCAUUUCAGUAAUAGCCGUUGCCGCUUUCUUUGUCGUAUCGUCAAUGAGUUUAUCAAAUAGGCUUGACGAAGACUACGCACCCAACAACUGGAAAUACAGGUGGAUACUCUUGGAUGGAUCUCUCGCGACCAUCUAUCUCUGCGCAUUCGCUGCUAUAGCAUGGUUAUGGCGACCCACCCGUGACAACAUCCAGUUCUCAAUGUCUCAAGAACUCGCCCAGGAUGAAGCCGAUGCUGAUGCGGAGGAUUAUGAGAUUGACUCACUGGAAGCGGGCCGAGGUAUGGGACAUAGACCAUUAGCUCACCACGAUGACGAUGAUGACGAACAUAGAGGCUUAGUAGAAGGCGGAGAUGGGAAUGUUGUGUUCGCGAUGGGCGAAGAUAGUGAUGAAGAAACGGAGAAUCAUCAAAAUCGUAAGAAAGAUGGGUAUCGUGAUAGCGAUGACGAGAAUGAUCAAGGUGAAGAUGAAGAUAGGAAAGGUAAACAUGAUUGA